AUGCUGGUUUUUGUAUUUCAGGUUUGCAUUUUUGCUUAUGGUCAAACUGGUUCGGGUAAAACCUAUACAAUGAUGGGCAAGCCAGGAGGUCCUGAUAAGAAAGGGCUGAUACCACGCUUCAAUCCAGCACCUGCAGAGCCAAGGAAGAGGAGAUGUCAUUUUGAAGUUUCAGACAUUGUAGCCGAAGCAGAUGCCAACACAACGACUACUAAUAAUAAUAAGGCUUUGUGUGGGUCUGUGAGUGUGAUGGCUGAGGGAUUUGGGUGUGCUGCAUUUCAACAAAAGCGUCAUGGGCAUUAUGAUUGGGGUCUGGGUUUUGGGCAUCUCAGAAAACAUUUCAGUGAGAAACAAAAAGAGGGGAGGGGAGGGGAUAGAGAGAAAUACCUGGAACAUUGCAAUGUUGCUUUGCUGGUGACGGUGGCACUGCUCCAUCGACGAGGAUAUGCUAUAGGUAGAUGUCCCGAGUGCGAUAAUGGCAAAAUGAAACACCAAGGUCGUACUACUUCUGGCAGCCAUGAGAAUGAACAAGAAAUAGGUAUUCCAGAGCUGAAAGCUGGAAAACUUCCGCCUAAUGCUUGUCACUGUGAAAGACUUCCUGGUGGUAUUGCACCAACAGAAUUGUUUCAAUGUUGGGUAGGCAAUCGCAUCAAGAGAGAUUUCUACAAGACUAUAGAGGAGUGCCAAAAGAAUUGCGACAGUAAGCAUUGCACUAUUUAG